UCAAACACGGUGGAGAGAGCAGAAAACCCACAGCGACAAAAGCAGAGAUAAGAAGAAGAAGACGAAGAAGAAAAUUAAAAAGGGCCUGCUUCCGUCCAAAAUUAGGGUUUUUGGCGGUGAUUUCGAUUAGUGUGCGUAGAUUUUCCGUUCUUGGAUCGAUUCGAGUUGCAGAGAAUCGCCAUGGUCGAAACCUGGUCUUGAAUCGGGCAGUCUCCCCUUUGAUUCCAUGCAUUUCUCGUUUCGAUUCCUCCGCUCUCGUCCUCUCACGGGAAUCUUGUACUCUUCGUUCCUGAAAAAACUAACAUGUUCCAGAGGCUAGGAACGAUACGCUCAAAAGCCUCCGUAAAGACGAAUAUUGCUUGUACAGACUCUUGCGUCGCUGUUCUGAGCUGAGAAAGGGACGUUUGUUUUCCAUCAAGGAAUAGCCGUUACGGACGAGAUCUCAGCCAUCGGUUUUCUUCCGUGGAUGGAACUGGAGGAAGGAUAAGCUCUGCGGUUCUUGAGAGGAAUAUCUUCUGCGGAGGGGAGAAGUCGUUUCUCGGCUCUUGUUUUCAUGCAUCGAGGGAAUCGUUGGGUUGCCGAGUCGUAUCGGACGAUUAGUGAAUGAGUUCCUUCUCUGGUCUGAGGCAUUUGAAGGCAUAGGAGGAUCACCGAGUCGAGUCGUCCGAUUCGUCUCAGAGAAGAAAACGCAUCCUAUCUCUAAAAAAGGCAAAACCUCUGGAAUCGGAGAAUCCCGAGUCGAAUCGUCCGUACAGAGACCCGAGAGCUCCAAAUCUCGACAAGGCCAAAAUCUGAUGCGAGCACCCCUUUUCUCGAGCUUCGCUUAUCGAGAAAUUCGUGCGAGAUUGGAUUUCCGAGUUCUGGUUUGAGUUUUUCAAGAACUGGUGAAUCGCCGAGUGGAAUCGUUCGAUUCGUCCGUGUUAGAGGAGAGAAAACCUUCAAAUCAAGAGAAUAACCUUUGAUCUAAAAAUCAAAAUCCUCUCCUCACCUUUACCUCUUUUCUUUUUCUUUCUCUAUACCCGCAUCGCUUUGGAGUUCGGGAAAUUGCAGCUGCCGAUGCUUUUUCGGCUUCGUUUUUUGGGUUAAAGGAGGAAAAGAGUCGCCGAUUCUGCCAUUUCAGGCCUGAAGCUGAGAAUCUUCUGUAUUAAAAAAAAGUUAAAAAAAAAAAAAGAAAGAAAGAAAGAAAGAGAAAGCUUCGAAAUUUUAAAAAUAUAUAUGAUAAAAUUCUCAGUUUCUAGUUUUUCUCAACUGAAAGAGCAGAAAAAUAAGUGAUUUGAGGCGUUUUGUUUCUGCGUCAAAAUAUUAAAAAACACCUUAAGCCCUGAUGAGAAAAAUCGCCCCCUCUUUAUGUUUUUUUUUUCUGAUGGAGGAAAUGUAACAAAGUUCAUAGCUGUUGCAAGUUGAGGUUUUUUAUAUUGAGAUCUAAAGCGUCCUCGAUUUUGAAGGGAAAUCGGUCAUUAUUUAUCCGGUCAUUGGAGCUUCUUUGAUCUGACGGGAUGAUGGCGGUGACAACAUGUAAGGACGUGAAAACUUGUUUGGACCCUGGAAAGUACGUCCGUUACACACCCGAGCAGGUCGAAGCCCUUGAGAGGCUUUACCACGAGUGCCCGAAACCAAGCUCGAUUCGCCGGCAGCAGCUGAUCAGAGAAUGCCCGAUUCUCUCCAACAUUGAGCCGAAGCAGAUAAAAGUCUGGUUUCAGAACCGAAGAUGUAGAGAGAAGCAGCGGAAGGAGGCUUCACGCCUCCAGGCAGUGAAUCGGAAGCUGACAGCAAUGAAUAAGCUUUUGAUGGAGGAGAAUGAUAGGUUGCAGAAGCAGGUGUCGCAGCUGGUGUAUGAGAACGGCUAUUUUCGCCAGCAGAAUCAAAACACGGCGCUAGCUACCACAGACACCAGCUGUGAGUCUGUGGUGACGAGCACUCAGCACCACUUGACGCCACAGCAUCCGCCAAGGGAUGCUAGCCCUGCAGGACUUCUGUCCAUUGCAGAGGAGACUUUAACAGAGUUUCUAUCGAAGGCCACUGGAACUGCCGUGGAGUGGGUCCAAAUGCCUGGGAUGAAGCCUGGUCCGGAUUCCAUUGGAAUCGUUGCUAUUUCUCAUGGUUGCACUGGAGUUGCAGCACGAGCUUGUGGCCUAGUGGGUCUAGAACCCACAAGGGUUGCAGAAAUCCUCAAAGAUCGACCUUCGUGGUUCCGCGAUUGCCGUUCUGUGGAAGUUAUAAAUGUGCUGCCCACUGGUAACAGUGGAACUAUCGAGCUCCUCUAUAUGCAGCUGUAUGCCCCAACAACUUUGGCACCAGCUCGUGACUUCUGGUUGUUACGCUAUACGUCAGUGUUGGAAGAUGGUAGUCUUGUGGUCUGUGAAAGAUCAUUAAGCAGCAGUCAGGGAGGUCCGAGCAUGCCACCUCUGCAGCAUUUUGUGAGAGCAGAAAUGCUGCCAAGUGGGUACCUGAUAAGGCCCUGUGAAGGUGGUGGAUCCAUUAUACACAUUGUCGAUCAUAUGGAUUUGGAGCCAUGGAGUGUACCUGAAGUCCUACGGCCAUUGUAUGAAUCAUCAACAGUGCUUGCUCAAAAGACAACAAUGGCGGCUUUGCGGCAGUUAAGGCAAAUUGCACAGGAUGUGUCUCCUUCAACAGUCACUGGCUGGGGCAGACGACCUGCAGCUCUACGAGGACUUAGUCAGAGGCUGAGCAGGGGCUUUAAUGAAGCACUUAAUGGGUUUACUGACGAGGGUUGGUCUGUGAUGGGAAAUGACGGCAUGGAUGAUGUUACCAUCCUUGUAAACUCAUCUCCUGGAAAGAUGCUCGGUGUAAAUGUUGCUUUUGCAAAUGGGUUUCCAGCCAUGAGCAAUGCUGUUCUGUGUGCCAAGGCAUCCAUGCUUUUACAGAAUGUGCCUCCAGCUGUGCUCCUAAGAUUCUUGCGGGAACACCGAUCAGAAUGGGCUGAUAGUAACAUUGAUGCUUAUUCAGCUGCAGCUGUUAAAGCUGGUCCUUGUAGUUUACCAGGGUCUCGUAUGGGAGGCUUCGGUGGUCAGAUCAUCCUUCCACUGGCUCAUACAAUUGAGCAUGAAGAGUUCUUGGAGGUAAUUAGGUUGGAAAAUAUCAGCCACAAUCAUGAGGAUACCAUGAUGCCUCGAGACACGUUUCUCUUGCAACUCUGUAGCGGAGUGGAUGAGAAUGCUGUGGGAACCUGUGCUGAACUCAUUUUUGCUCCCAUUGACGCAUCUUUAGCUGAUGACCUGCCAUUGCUACCUUCUGGUUUUCGCAUAAUUCCUCUUGAUACUAGGGUGGAUGCCUCCAGUCCAAAUCGAACAUUGGAUCUUGCUUCGGCUCUUGAAGUAGGGCCCACUGGCAAUAGGCCAUCGGGAGAUUAUUCUGGCAAUCGUAGCAGCACCAGGUCUGUGAUGACGAUAGCGUUUCAAUUUGCAUUUGAAAGUCACCUUCAGGAAAGUGUGGCUGCCAUGGCACGACAGUAUGUUCGCAGCAUUAUAUCUUCUGUCCAAAGAGUUGCACUUGCCCUCUCACCAUCUCGCCUUGGUUCUCAUGGGGGGCUCCGCCCGCCACCUGGCACUCCUGAAGCACUUACACUUGCUCGUUGGAUCUGUCACAGCUACAGGCGCCAUUUGGGUGUGGAGCUACUCAAACAAGCUACUGAUGGCAGCGAAUCUGUUCUGAAAACACUUUGGCAUCACUCAGAUGCAAUCAUGUGCUGCUCUUUGAAGGCAGUACCAAUUUUCAACUUUGCAAAUCAGGCAGGUCUUGACAUGCUGGAGACGACCUUGGUUGCACUGCAAGACAUAACUCUGGAGAAGAUAUUCGAUGACCAUGGACGGAAGGCUCUUUACACUGAGUUCCCACAGAUAAUGCAGCAGGGAUUUACAUGCCUUCAAGGAGGUAUCUGCGUAUCAAGCAUGGGCAGGCCCAUCUCAUAUGAAAGAGCGGUGGCGUGGAAGGUUUUGAACGAGGAAGAGAACGCUCACUGCAUUGCUUUCAUGUUCAUCAACUGGUCUUUUGUCUGAAGCUCUCUCCCUCGAAACAGAAACCUAGUUUUUUUUUUUUUUUCAAACCUUAACAACCUUUUCUUUUGCUUUCAUGUGGUUAAGAACCUGGUUUUGCCUAACCCCUUGGAUUGUCACUGGGUUAAAAUAUGGGUUGCAUUUUGUUUUCUCA